AUGAGCAAAGAGGACAAUUUAAUAGAAUCAGCAAAGAAAUCUUUGAUAAAAGCAGUGGACUAUGACAGGAAAGAGAAACCCAACGAUGCUCUUCGACUAUAUAUGGAAGGGAUCGACUAUCUCGAUAAGGCGGUCAAGAUGAUGUCAAUAGACGACAACCGUCGGUCCCCGUUAUAUAAACAGAUAGCACAGUAUGUUUCAAGAGCGGAGCAGCUGAAAGACGCCACUAAAGUAGAGGUCGGUUUUCUGGAGCAACGUCGAAUCGAGGCGAACAGUGUGGGCCACGGUUACGAUAAAAUUUUUGGAAGAUGUUUGGACGAUAAGCUAACCGCUGUAGACGUUCAAGAUGCGUACGUAUGUGCACAUCACCAGAUUUUGAAUUUCGUACGAUUUUGUGAACUUGUCGUUGGCAACGCUCCAAAUAUUCGAUGUAUUACGUUGCGCACCGGGAUGGAUGCGCGAAGUAAUCAGCUAGCUUUUGACGAGCUAACGCGAAGCCUGGAGAAAGUCAAUGUCGUUUUAAAAGUCGAAUUCAUUCCUUCACUUCAUGACCGCGAGAUUAGGUUCAAUAAUGGAUGGAUCGUCAAGAUUGGACGUGGAUUGGAUUAUUUCAAAAACCCGGGUAAAUACGUUUUGGGUGCCUCAGACAUGAACUUUAGGCAAUGUCAUGAAACCACCUUCAACGACUAUAAAGCUGAAUUGUUCAAAGAGGCCGAGCGAAUCGUCAUGGAGGAGUUUCCUAGGAAGGUGAUUGAGUAUAACAAUCUGCUGCAGACUCAUCGCUUUUCCUACGCUCGGCUGCCGGAGAUGAUGCCCGAUCCGGAUUUGAACAUCCCUGUCCCUUGCGUGGCACAUGUGAACGAUGUCGAUGGAGAUGCUCCAGCUUCAAAAAAGCGCAAGCUCGGUGAAGUGGGCUCCAGUUCCAAUAACGGUCUGUCUUUUUGCAGGCGGAUACGAUAUGGCAACAUUAUACUAAUCUGCCUUGAAUAUUUCGACAAGUUGGGGCUCACGAUCUUCCUUUUAGGUAUGCCUGUAUAUGGCUUCAUCAAUGGUACCGUUCCUUGUAAUGCGCACCUUGCCGACCUGAUGGACCAGAUUCGCCCGUUACUGAGAGAUGCGGUUGAAAACGUGAACAAAGUCAAAAUGUGGAUAACUUUAUUGAUCCCUCGCAUUGAAGAUGGAAAUAACUUCGGUGUUUCGAUUCAGGAGGAAACUCUCAGUGAGGUUCGCAAUGUUGAAAGUGAAGCAGCCUCUUUCUUGGAUCAGAUGAGCCGAUACUUUACCAGUCGUGCAAAGUUGCUGACCAAGGUCGCAAAAUAUCCACAUGUGGACGACUACAGGAGAGCAAUACUAGAUAUGGACGAGAAACAAUUCAUAAAUGUUAGAUUAGUGGUACUAGAAAUGCGUAAUCAUUUCUCAACCCUCUAUGACAUCAUCACGAAGAACAUUGAAAAAAUCAAGAAGCCUCGAAACAGCAAUAUGGAAAUGCUCUAUUAA